UUAUUGGCAUAAGACAUCACGCGGAUCAGUGGAUAAAGAGGCAGAGCUGAAACUCACGGAGAGAAAUGUGGCCAGUAAUAAUGGUGAUGAGCUGUCUGUACACACUGUCUAUGCAUACUGCAUACUGCAUAUGCAAUAGGAGUCAGUGUGAAAAUGAGUCUUGCCAAUUGCUUAAAUGGUCAGAUUAUCAGAGCUGUCCAAGUCUAAACUUAAGCAACAAUAACAUCGUGCAAAUUGAAGUUGAUGAAAAGUCAGAUUAUUCUGCUCUCACCGAUCUGGAUAUGUCUCACAAUAAAAUUACAAAUUUUAAAGAAGGCUUUCUAUCUAAUGCAAUUGCUUUGAAAGUAAUAAACCUACGCAACAAUAAUUUAGGACAGUUACCAAAUAUGUUUCUUGCCAAUUCCUCUUCUUUGCAAGUGGUGAACCUUGAGGGAAAUGAACUAUCUGAAAUUCCUGCUAGUGUUUUACAUCCCAGUCUUCUUACCUUGACUGUAGACUGCAGCUGCGAUGUGGGCAACAGUAUAAAAAUGCACCUGAGUCAAAAUGAAAAAAACUAUUCAAGCCUUUCCAUACGCUGUCAAAUGUCUUCAAGUUGGUCCAGUCUUAAUGAUUUCUAUGCAAUUAAUUGUGGAAUGACAAGAUUAUUGGUCCUUUAUAUUGUGUUGGCAAUAGUGGCCCUAGGCUUCAUAAUUGGAGGAGUGGCUCUGUACAUGAGGAAUAGGAAGAAAAGGUUAGCUGCGUUUGAAAACAAGGCUACAGCAAACCAAUCCCCUGCUCAUGGGCAACCACGAUAUACGUCAAGGAACAUGGAUAGCAUCGCAACAGCUUCAAACCAAGGCCAGAGGCAAGACUACGAGAAUGUUUUUGUUGGUCACUUGGCAACUAAAGAAAUAAAACCUUAUGAUUAUUUGGAAGAGCAGAGAGUGCCAGGUGCUCACAGCAAACACACAGUGGAAGAAGAUAUAUAUUUGGAAAGUGAUGUUAAUGAGGGCGACCAACCAAUUUACAGCAAUACUCAAGUUUAUUAUGAUUACUCUGAUUCUAGUAAAAUCAACAAAGAAGAUGAUGAUGUCUACAUUUUACCAGAUCAGUAAUCAGAGCUACUGUAUCACCAGGAAUCUGCAGUCAUCAUUGCAUUAAUGUAUUCUUGUCUUGCUAUUCUGACCAAUUCAAACACUGGAUGUAAGCUUUUGUACUGCUUACACUUCCACCUUCUCUUUCCAGUAUCUUAUAUUGAUGUUAGUAUUUAUGGAAUGCAUAGGCCAGUUUACUCUAUGACAAUGACAUUGUUUCAAAGCAUAAUGCAAACAAUAUUUUAUAAAUAUGUUGACAAGUCUCUUCCCAGGUUUGUGUCAUGCUUCCACUAUUUCACAUCAACUCUCAUUAUGCUUCCCCAACCUAACCCUCAUCCCAACAUGAUAAUUAUCUCUUUUGCUUUUAAACGCUAAUAGUAUUUUUUCAAUAUUUUUUUUUACAAAACAUUUGUAACAUUUACGAGCUUUUGUUUUUAUCCAGUUUACAGAACCAGGCAAAUUGUGUAGACACUGGCAAGAACAAUUUUGAACUCCAUUGAAGUCUAUCAGGAAGCAUUUAAAUGCAAUUUACUACUGUUUUAGAAACUAGCAAAACAACAAAAGAUGACUGAAAUAAAUGUUGACAUGGACAUGUCCUUAGUGACCAGCAGGAUGGUCUGGACACAUCUCUCAUGUUAUGCUGUUUUUUUCUUCUAAGAUUACUCAUUUUGUUACUACUAAAUUGGGCAUCCUUACUUGAUUCUGUUAAUUAUUUAAAAUGUAUCACUUCACAAGUACAUUUAAAAUAAAGAUAAUAUUCUGUUCUGGUGCUUUAUAAGGCCAUGGCAUUUAAUAUUUUUGUCAGUUGUGUUUUUCCAAUAUGAAAAACACAAAAUUCCACUAUAGGCAUCUCACAGCCAUUGUACAAUGCAUAUUGUGUUGGGAAAAUCCAGGAGUGGGAUUUAGAAGUACACAACACAAUCAUCCUUGUAUAAAUACAUGACACAUUUUUUUUCUUUUUAAAUCAGUUGUUUGGACAUUUUGAAUACUGUUUUGGAGUUAAUGAAAUUUGUCCCAACAUUUCAUGCAAACUGAAUUUGGCAGAACAGAUAUUUUCACAGAUGCAAAGUUCUCCUUUUCUUUCACCAUUUAGCUGAUAAGGUUGAAAAAACAUUUGAUACAAUUAAGCAUGAUUUUUUUUAUUUUUUUUUACGGGAUGCCCACAGUAAAUAAAUGCUAUUUUUUAAACGAAAUAAAUAUACCUCAUAACUAUAUUUUAUCCUAACCUACAAAAAAUUCAAUACAUCAAGUGCU